AUGGACGGAACCAAUGUAUUGCAGCCUCCAACUUAUGGAAACCUAAUCACUAUUCUCAGCAUUGAUGGGGGUGGAAUCAGAGGCCUUAUCCCCGGAACUAUCCUCAAUUUCCUAGAGGAGGAGCUUCAGAAGCUGGACGGUGAGGAUGCAAGAAUUGCCGAUUAUUUUGAUGUAAUUGCAGGGACAAGCACAGGAGGACUUGUGACUGCCAUGCUAAGUGCCCCAGACGAAAAAAAUCGUCCUGUUUUUGCUGCCAAAGAUAUCAAGGACUUCUACCUCACUCAAUGUCCUAAGAUCUUCCCCCAAAAUAAUUGUCCAGUAUUCCCUCACCUCGCAAAAAUUAUCAAAGCCUUAUCAGGACCAAAAUACGAUGGGAAAUAUCUGCACAAACUCGUUAAAGAAAAACUGGGCAGCACAAAAUUGCACCAGACUUUGACUAAUGUCGUCAUUCCAACAUUUGACAUCAAGCAACAACACCCAACAAUCUUCUCAAGCUAUGGGGUGAAGAACAAUCCCUCCUACGAUGCCCUUCUCUCAGACAUAUGCAUUGCCACCUCGGCGGCACCAACUUAUCUUCCUGCUCAUUACUUCAAAACCGCCGAUGCUGCAGGCGGAGUGCUUCGAGAGUUUAACCUUAUCGAUGGUGGCGUUGCUGCAAACAAUCCGACUCUAGUUGCUAUUGGUGAAGUGUCGAAAGAGAUAAUUCGGGGCAAUCAAGAUUUUUUCCCCAUGAAACCCUUGGACUAUGGUAGAUUUCUAGUGAUAUCAUUAGGAACAGGCAGUCCAAAAGCCGAAAAAAAGUAUAAUGCACCAGAAGCUGCUAAGUGGGGCGUUUUAAGUUGGUUAAUUAGUGGCGGUUCCACCCCUAUUAUUGAUGCCUAUUCUCACGCAAGUGCCGAUAUGGUCGACCGCAACCUUUGCGUGGUUUUUCAAGCCCUACACUCUGAGAAAAAGUAUCUUCGAAUUCAGGACGACACGCUGAGUGGAGCGGUAUCUUCGGUGGACAUAGCCACAGAGAAGAAUUUGGAUGACCUUGUCAAUGUUGGUGAGAAGCUUUUGCAGAAACCUGUUUCCAGGGUUAAUUUGGAGACUGGCGUAUUCGAGGUUUGUAACCACGAGACUAACGCAGAGGCUCUUACAAGGUUUGCUAAAAUGCUAUCGGACGAGAAGCGGCUCCGCGAUGCAAGGUCCCCUCAUACUGGACAUGCUUCAAAUUCCCAGUGAUAUUCAUAACAGAAACGAUAAUAAACUUCGCGUAG